UUUUGACAAUAGUCUGAAGUUGGUAUCAGAAGUUGUUUAAGGAAUGGUGGGGUGUGUGAUGCAGUAUGUGUUUUGGGGCCAUACAUAGCCAUCACCGACAAUUUGACAUCUGACAGAGUGAUUGUGAUAUUAUUUACAUAUCUAAUGGCAGGGAAUACAUUCCAAGGACGACACUCUCGCCAGCCAAGCAAAAACACGCUUCUGAAAGUAGUUAUACUUGGUGAUGGAGGAGUUGGAAAGUCGUGUCUUAUGAAUAGAUUUGUUAGCAAUCAUUUUGAUGAACAUUCUUUCCAUACAAUUGGAGUAGAAUUUCUUAAUAAGGAUAUAGAAAUAAAUGGAGAAAUGUACACACUACAGAUAUGGGAUACUGCUGGUCAGGAGAGAUUUAAAAGCCUCCGUACCCCAUUUUAUCGUGGCUCUGACAUUUGUCUUCUGACCUAUGCAGUCGAUGAUCGAGCCAGCUUCCAAAACUUGGCAAUGUGGCGUAAUGAGUUUUUAUAUUAUGCUGACGUGAAAGAAGGUACAGCAUUUCCAUUUUUGGUCGUUGGGAACAAAGUGGAUAUGGGUAAUGAGCAACGUGAAGUUACUACAGAAGAAGCACGUGCUUGGUGUUUGGAAAACGGUAAUCUACCACAUGUAGAAACUAGUGCUAAAGAUGCAACAAAUGUACAAGAAGCAUUUUCAUUAGCUGUCGAGAGUUGGGCACAGCUAGAAGCCAAACUGGAUCGUCCGUAUAUUGGAGAAACAGUGGAUCUUAGAAGGCAACAACCAGAACAGAGGUCAUCUUGCUGUUUGUACGUUGCAGGAAACAAUGAGUAGCUGUAAAUGGCCUGCAGCUACAACAGUUCCCUACCUAGUCAGUACAUUGCACUUAGCAUUUAUUUAAAUGGUUAUAGCUUUGUUUUUCUGUUGUUCACCAAAGUGUUUAUUUGCAUCAGUAUUAAUCAUUGUUGACAGUGUUCAUUGAAGAACAGUCCAUGUAUCAUGAUUAUAUUAUUUAUGUUGUAUCUGUUCCGAAGUUUUGUUUGAAGGCAAUGAUAAGUUUGCUUGGUGAUUGAAAAUGACAAAUAUCAAAUGAAAAUAUUGUUUUAUAGUGUAAAUGUAAUUUGAAAACUAUUUUAGAAAAAAUAUAUAAUAUGAUGCUAUCCUGGGCAAUUGAAAGGAACUGGUAAGGUGUGAUUUGUGAACAUAUAUUUGGAAAUGUAAAAUUUCUAAAUGUAGGGUCAUGCCCAUUUUACAUGUGGUAAUGGUAACAUGAAAAAACAAAAAUCUAAUGGCAGCUUGUCUCCUGUAGUGACUCAUUUAAGUAUGAAAGGAAAUAGGAAUGAGAGAGAUACUUAAGCAAUUAAUGUUAAAUAUUAUACCAAUGAAAUUCACCAAACUCAUAUCUACAGUAAAUGCUUGAAGCGAAAUUUUAAAAUUAGAGUAAUUUAAAAUAAUGUUUUUGUGCAUAUUUAAAUGGAUGUUGGACCAAGAACUGGUUGGCUUUAUUUUUUACUACAUGAUAAUGCUGUUGCAUUUUUUUCAAAUGCUGCUUAUUUUGAAAUGUGAGACUUAACUGAUGUGAAAGUGCAUGCAACAGUACUGUAAAAUAAUGUUGAUGUUUAAAAAGGCUGAAAUGUUCCAAUAUCUAACUAAUUUUUUAAGGCAAAGACAUAUUUUAUCACUGCAGUGUAUCAUUUAAAUGGCUUUUGAUAAAGUAUUGUAGAUGUAAGUGUUUACUGAACUUGCAUAUUUCUCUUAUAUAUGUACAUUAAUCUUUGUAAAAUGGUAGUUACUUAUCGAAUACAAUAUUACGCUUUAUAGACAUUUAUUGAACUGCCACAGUACAAUAUUCAUUUCUCACUAUUAGCAAGUAAAAAAUAACUCCUUAAAAUUACCAUUAAAUAUAUGAGAAUUUGCAGUUGUAGUUUUGUGAGUAAGAACAUCAUAUUCAUGCUGCAAAGAUAAGUCGUACAGUAUUAGUUCCUUAUAAUGGCAGUGAUGUUAUUAAGUUGCAUAUAUAGGAGUACAAGUGAUUUACUUUCUACUCUUAAUUGUGGUUUGACAAUUUCAUCAGUCCAGUUAUUUUAGUUUUCUGUCAUGUACUAUACAAACUUCCACUAUUUUCUGAAAUGUGCAUUUGAAUUCUACUACUAUCACAUUACACAAAUAUUGAAAAUAACAAGCCAUUUACUGUGUCAGCGUACUGAUAUUAGAUUUUUUAAAGCAAUAAACUAUUUCACUAUUUUAUUCAAGCUCUUAUCUAAUUCAGGUUAUUAACUAAUCCUUCUUUCUCAUGCUAUUAGGAUUUCUGUUAAUGAUGCAGAGACUUUACAAUGGAGACUUAAAAUAUUGACAUUCAUUGUUAUACAAAAUGUGAUUUGGUUUUUUGUUGUUUGUCUAUUCCAAGAGAUCUGUUGGGAGGAUUAAGAAAAAUUGGUGACCAUAGCAUUAUAAUUUUGUCAUUAUUGCCUUCUAUUGAAACUUUACAUCAGCAAAGAAUCCACUCCAGUGCUUUGUAACUUUUGUUUACACACACUUAUUAUUACUUAAUUUUAAGAGUUUCUUUGCUGAUGGCCACUUUGUGAUCUAGUGUCAUGCUGUUGAAAUAGAUUUCUUCAAUUCAGUAAGUUUGUCAUCUUGUGUAAAUACUGUCGUCAUGUAUUGUCCUAUUUACUGUAUUGUACUGUGUGGAAGGAAUACUGUAUUUACCUGGCUAUAAGAAGAAAUUUUUCAAAUUCACCCUUAAAAAACCUGCAAUCUUUCAUUUGCAAGUGAAACUUUAGUACUUGACCUCAGCGGUUUUACAAUGUGUACUUACUGCUGCUGAACACUAAAAAUUAAUACUUGUUUUGAUAUCAGAUAUCAAAUUUACAAGUAUUUUAUGUAAUUGGUAAACCAACAUUUGGAGAUCAUGAUGAUGAUCUUUUUCAGAGUGACCACAGCAUUUAGUUUGCUUUCAUUAUCAAAUCUGUAAGGAUUGUAAUUUAUACAGAAUGAUUGUGGAUCCUAGUCAUAGCAGUGACUUCAUUGAGAAAGGUAGAUCUAACAGUUGGCAGUUUACAAGUGUAAUGCCAACUCAGUGUGAUGCUAACUUUAAUGUUCAUACCUGAAGCAGAGGCCACAAAAAAAACUGUGUGGCAGUAAGGUGGGGUAUAACAUUAGAAUAUCGUCUUCUUUUUUGUGGCUUUUAUUCUGUAUUUUCACUGGAUCAGCACAUUAUUUUAUGAAUUUGGCAAUAUUAUUGAUAAAAGGUGGCUGGAUGUCCUUCCUGUUGACGACCCCCCCCCCCCCCCCCCUCCCGCCGCCUUCAAUCUACCCACGGGAUGGAAUAUGUGUAUCCCCAUACAUCUAUGUGUAGUGUUAUCCGAGUGAUAACUGAGGCUGGAUAUGGAUUCUAACCUGGUAUUCACCUAGUUGAAUGUGAUGAACUGCUUAAAACCACAUCGAGGUGGGCUGGCACACUGGUCCUCGUUAAUCUGCUUGACAGAUUCAAUCAUGGGAUGGGGCACCUCCGUAAAUCCCAGAAGCUGCAUACUAAUGUACUUGACUAUUUGGGCAGAUGCAUAAGAUUGGGAAUAUAUCAUUAUAAUUUAGGCAACCAAUAAUUUUGAAGUGUUUAAAAUAACAUAAAUCUUUUUGGUUGAUCUUAAGGUACUUUACAUUAGUGAGACAAUUUGUAAUUUUGAUUAACGAGUAUUUCUUUAAAAUAAAAAAUAACUCCCAAGAAGCAUAUUAAAAUAAUGAGUCAUCUCAUAUUCAUGGUCUUCUAAUAGUUAGGUAAAUACAUUAUUUUUUUCUUGAUACUGCACGUUUUCUCUGUCUUGUUAUGAGUGGUUGUCUUAGUCGACGUUUUACUCUGGAGUAGUUGAGUUAAUGUACUGAAAAUGCAAAGUGUAUAUGUAUCUGUGAUGUUGGCAUUGUUAAUGCAUUUUUUGGCCUUGCACAUUUUUGUCACUGGCCUCAGUCUCAAAUCGUUCAAGUUUAUUGCUUGGACAGUAAUUUUGGAGUGACAGAAACACUCUUGAAUUUAAUCAUUGACACAGCAGACCUCAUAAAACUUGAAAAUUUGCAUAAUAGGUGCUUCCUCGUUUUUUUAUUCUAUCAUCUUUUGCAUCCUUACGCAGAAAUAAGACUAAAUUGGGUUGAAGUGGCAUUUAAAUUUUUUUCUGUAUUGGUCUGGCUUUUUGAAAUUUUCUUUCAAGUUUGUUAUUGUAGAGACAAAAACGCACUAUUUUCUUUUGUGCCAGCAGUUGAGAGGUACAGUGUUUGACCUCAGAAUUUUUGUUUUUGUAAGCAGAUGAUUACAAAUUGGUCAAAGCAAUUAUAUUAUCUGAUGCUGGUGCAUAAUGUUAGAACUUCAAGUUUAACACAUAUAUUGUGGAACGACACAACAACACAUAUAAGUCAAAGAGUAAAUUGACAAGUAAGACAUGUGUACACGUUAGCAUUCGAAUGAGCACUGAGUCCCAGUCU